AAGAAUAUAAUCCUGAAUACUCCUAAACCUACUCUUGUAAAUGCGCGGCCCAAGGGUGACUGUCGUGUAGUGUAGCAGUUUAGGGUUAACUUUAGGCCAGAGAUAAUACGUGCUGCUCUGUACAUUUUGUACUUUUCGUAUGUUCUGUUCCUAUUUCAUAUCCUGGUCAACUCACCAUAUAAGGAGUUGUUUUAUUAUACAUGAAAGAGCAGACCAUACACCCCCUAGAACAGGAGGAACCAGGAAUGUGGUUUCAGUGAAACUAGAAGGUACAGAGAAAAGCAAAAGAGUAUGUUCUCGCGGUUAUUGAACUGUGCAUAACUCCUGUGUGACCUUGAUACUGAGUGUGCAAAACACAUUCCAUAACUUUCUACUGCUGAUACUCCCUAUGCAGAAGUGUGUAUAUAUACGCCCUGACGCAGCUAUGUGUCAGGACACGCAGAGAAUAAACCAGAUUGAUUUAGACUCAUGUGGUUCGCUCUCUUCUUGUCCUCGGAGAUCUCCUGGUAACGCAUCUGAACAGCACGCAGCGCAAUCUUAACAAUUUGGUGACCCCGACGUGAUACUCUCAAUCAGGGGAAGACAAUACACGUGGACGCGGUUGCCACAGGGUUUCAUUGACUCACCGGCGGUCUUCACUGCCGUAUUGCGGGACGCGCUGGCUGAUCUCUGUCUUCCCCGGGGCUCCACGGUGCUCCAGUACGCGGAUGAUCUUCUGGUAACGGCGGAGGAUCAAGACGCUUGUGCUGCCGCCACAUUGUCUCUCCUCACACUCCUGGCGCAGAAGGGUUUCAAGGUCUCGUCAAUGGAUCCCUGACUGUUCAAUCUAUGACAAGUGUUUGCGUUCAGCUAUAAGUCACUCAGAUCCUUUGACUCAGCCCCUGGUCUGGACUGAGGACAUGCUAACGGCCUUCAAGGCUCUGAAGCAAGCUUUGUGCUCCGCCCCUGCUCUCGGGCUGCCGAACUAUCGUUUGCCGUUUCACCUGUAUGUGUGCAAUCAGAAGGGGACCGCCUCUGGGGUGCUGGCUCAGGAGCACGGGGGGGGCAUGCGACCUUGCGCGUUUCUGUCUAAAACUCUUGACGCUGUGGCACAAGGGCUUCCUGGCUGUCUUAGGGCUGUUGCUGCGUGUGCUCUCAUGGUCACGGACGCUGAAAAACUUGUUUUGUCGCAUCCGCUCAUUUUACACACUUCACAUGACGUCGUGUACAUUCUGCGGAAUCUUAGCACUCAGCAUUUGUCUGCUCAGCGUCGCUCUGGCUAUGAGUUUAUUCUUUUGGCCACAGAGCAUCUCACUGUUAAGCCCUCCUCGUCGUUUGAUUCUGUCGCCCACGCUCUUCAGCGUCUUCUUAACUCACAGGAUGACGAUGUUGCGUUUGACUCACAUGACUGUCUUUCUAAUAUCGUUUUUGAAACUAGCAUCCGCCCAGACUUACACUCCACCCCUCUUUCUACAGGCGAUUCUCUUUUUGUAGAUGGUUCCUGUUCCCGCCCUGCGGAUGGUGUGUUCCUGUGUGGUUACUCUGUCUGUCGCCUCCCUGAUGAAAUUGUUGAAGCUCAUUCUUUGCCUUUUUCUUCUGCUCAGGCUGCGGAGCUCUAUGCUUUGACUCGCGCAUGUAUUUUGGCUCAAGACACAGACGUUACUAUUUACACCGACUCACGCUACGCUUUCGGCGUGGCGCACGACUUCGGCCGCAUUUGGGCGUCUCGGGGGUUUACGACAGCCAACGGUAAGCCCAUUUCUCAUUCUUCACUUGUUACUGAUUUAAUCACCGCCUGUCUCCUUCCGUGCACGUUGGCCAUUGUUAAGACACGCGCGCACACAAGAGGGGACUCAUUUGAAGUAAAGGGCAAUUCAUUCGCUGAUCGAGUCGCUAAAGCUGCAGCCGCAUCCGGUGUCCUGCCUCCAGGCUUUAAUUGCGCUUUAGUUUCUACUGAUCGCAUGGUUAGCGCUGUCUUACCUGACAUAGAUCUCAUUUCUAUCCAGGCCUCGGCCUCUGUGGCAGAUACACAGUUCUGGGACGCCCAGGGCGCGACAGAGAAGAGUGGCGUUUUGCUUGACGCACAGGGCCGUCUUUGUUUACCUCGUCACUGUACUCCCUUUCUCGUCCGCGAGUUCCAUGGUCCCACUCAUCGCGGCCGAAGAGGGGUAGUGGAGGAUAUGAACAGAACAUUCUGCAUCAAUAAUUUGCACACAGACGCACACAACAUUCUGGACAAGUGUUUAACGUGCGCCCAGAAUAAUCUAUCUAAACCAGGCGCGGUACAUCAGCACCUUCCCAUACCCGACACGCCUUUCCAAGAAUGGCAGAUCGACUUCACUCACAUGCCAAAGCAGGGCCCGUUCAAAUACCUUUUGGUCAUGAUUGACAAAUUUUCACGGUGGAUUGAGGCUUUCCCGUGCAGCAAAGAGAACGCCCGAACAGCAGUGAACAAACUUACACAGGAAAUUAUCCCACGUUACGGUCUUCCGGUAGGAAUUGACUCUGAUAAGGGAACGCCGUUCACCUCUAAGGUAACGCAGGAGCUAUGUAAAGACCUCAAGAUCAAUUGGCGUUUUCAUAUCCCAUACCAUCCACAGUCCUCUGGCAUUGUGGAGCGUGCGAAUAGAACAAUUAAGGGUAAGUUGCGUAAGGCUAUGCAAGACGCAGGCACGAAAAAUUGGGUCCAAGUUUUACCGUUGGUCCUCGCUGAUAUGCGCAUGACUGCUCAGGUCGCUCUCGACAAUUUAUCUCCGUACGAGCUCGUCAUGGGACGCCCCUUUCCUGUCCCUUGGCGUAGAGGCAUGCAGGUUAUAGGAACGGGUGAUCUUGAAGUACAUCUCAGCGAGUACGCGGUGGGUCUCAUGCGGGUGCUGGAUGAGUAUUGGGCGAGAGUAAAUUCCAAAAAGCCUCCCAUUCCAGAGGCACACACUCACCCCUUUGAGGUAGGGGACAGAGUUUUAGUAAAGAGAUUCGCUAAACUAAACGCUCCCAUGGAGGAGUCACCCUACAGUGGGCCCACCGAUGUACUCGCUGUAACUCGCACGGCUGUACUAACGGACCUUUUUCCACAGUGGAUCCAUGCCAGCAGAAUAAAGAAGGCUCCAAUGUAAUAGAAAUCUAUAUUGUUGAUGCUUAACAGACUUUUGUGUUUCAGAAAGUUGCUGUGACAAUAGCUGACGGCCUUUUCAGGGAUCCCCUUCCAGCAUCUGGAGCAAUCCAGUUUCGGCUGAUCUACAAAGAGGGGAUGGUUGGUGAGUCUUGCAAAGUUCUGGGCUGAAGAGUCUGAAAAGCACGGGAGCCUGUGAUAUUUUUCGCCGUCUGCACCCUGUGAGCAUUAGAGAACAAAGUCAGUGACCAGUAUGACUUUCUUCAUCAUCGUGCUGAUCUCAACGCUUGGGGCAGGGUUACCCGCACAAGCAAUACACCGGGACCCAAGGGAUAACGAGUUUUGGAAAUAUAUAAACUUCACUGUAAAAACAUCAAUGAAUAUGAGUAUACCUUGUUAUGUGUGUUCUUUGUUACCCCAUGACAGCAGCGAUCCUUUUCCGGUCCGAAUAGCCCCAUCUAACUAUUCUAAGGUUAAUAUGACAUGGCUCAGCCUGUGGCCCUCGUAUACUCAAAUUAAGGUUUUCCUGACAGACAAUACAGACCCAGAGGUAAGGUUGUCAAUACACUGGGGUGUGAAUAAUACUCUGGGCUUGCGUCAGAGUAUUAAAGAGGGGAUUGUAAGAAUAUAAUCCUGAAUACUCCUAAACCUACUCUUGUAAAUGCGCGGCCCAAGGGUGACUGUCGUGUAGUGUAGCAGUUUAGGGUUAACUUUAGGCCAGAGAUAAUACGUGCUGCUCUGUACAUUUUGUACUUUUCGUAUGUUCUGUUCCUAUUUCAUAUCCUGGUCAACUCACCAUAUAAGGAGUUGUUUUAUUAUACAUGAAAGAGCAGACCAUACACCCCCUAGAACAGGAGGAACCAGGAAUGUGGUUUCAGUGAAACUAGAAGGUACAGAGAAAAGCAAAAGAGUAUGUUCUCGCGGUUAUUGAACUGUGCAUAACUCCUGUGUGACCUUGAUACUGAGUGUGCAAAACACAUUCCAUAACUUUCUACUGCUGAUACUCCCUAUGCAGAAGUGUGUAUAUAUACGCCCUGACGCAGCUAUGUGUCAGGACACGCAGAGAAUAAACCAGAUUGAUUUAGA